UCUUGCAGUUACAUAGUUAAUAAGGUCAUGAUUUCGCCUAUGAUAACUUCUUUUUCUGAAUGUGUUUGAUAGGGCUCAAGAGCAAAUUCUCUCAACAAAUGCAAACUUCUGGAUUUGUGUGAUGAUAGUGUAGUUGUUGGUGAAGGGCGUUGGCAGACAAAAGAACCAAAAGCAUUGGUUAAUGGACUUCCUCUAGGACCUAAAGCAGUUAAAGUAUUCUUGGAUGUUGUACACGAGCAUGAAACAUAUUUAUGGAGGCCUACGAUGGAUCAUUCCUACCUGGAGGACUGCUUACAUUCUUUUAUGUCAUGGCCUGCUAGCAAAGUUGUCUUUGACAAUCCACCAGAAGCAACAAGAGGACAAUCUCCUACGGGUAUGAAAGUUACAUCGGUUGGUUAUAAGUCGCCUACUGAUACAAGUGGUAGAAAAGGUGCAAAAUCAGGAGCAACAACAUCAAUUCAUACUGAGGAGUCUCCUGCAACUGAUCAGUGUCAGCUUAAGCAUGGAUCUCAGACAAUGAAACAGAAUCAGAAGUGCAAAUUGAUGGACAUUGGUGAGAGGAAACAAGUUGUUGCUGAAGGUCGUAUCCAUUCAACAGACCCAACUCAACUGGUCCACUUUGUGCGCUUGGGGCCGAAAGCAGCUAGAGUGUGGGUAGAUGCAGUGCUCGUAGAUGAUGCAGAAGUUUGGAGGAAAUCAGAUGAAAUAGAGAGUUUGAAAGAUGCACACGGUUCAUCAAUUGCAUGGCCAAUUGAUAAAUUGGUCAUAUUUUAAGCUGCUGUAAGUAUUAUGUUUUGUGUGUUUAAACCUGCAUAUGUAAUUGCAUAACUGAUCAGAGUUUUCAUUGUUGCAGCAGCUAAGGGAAUGAAGAACUUAGGUCCAGAUUUAGCUAGUGUUUAAGUUAGGCUAAUGAACUUGAUGUAUGAUAUUAUUGCUUAUGACUUUGGUUUGUGUUUUAGAACUGCAUCAGUAACACUUAUGUGUAAUGACUUAUGUAUGUCAAACUUAUUUUAUGAAAGGGUUAGUUUGUUAUGAAGUUUCUGCUUUUUUUAUUACAAAUUUUCGAAAAUGCAAAUUCAUAGCUCGUGAACAAAUAACAAUAGCUAAAAAAAACAGUUAUGCUUGUAAAGCAUAGCAUUAAAUAUUUCAUAUAAUGUAAACUAUCAUAAUAUAUUUCUAAGCUAUUAAAAACUUUAGUAAAGCACUUAUCCACAGCAAUUACCAAAAUAAGCUAUUGCUAUUGUAGACGUCGCUACCAUGGCACGCAAUACGUAUCAUAAUCAAUUUGUAACAAAAAAUAAUUGUGCCGUAGAUUCAUUAAUAACAUCAGCUAAUUAAUGCUAUCGUAAACGAACAUUUCGUAGCAUCAAAGAAAAACGCUAUUGUAAGGGGGCUACAUAUGAUGGCUGCCGUAUACACAGCAGUUGUGAAUUCGCUAUCAAAACUCUAACAUAGCAUAUAACCCGCGCUAACAAUGAGCAUUUUUCUUGUAGUGUCCAUAGCAUAUUGGCUUACGGAAAUUGGAGUAAGAUCUAUAUCAUUGGUAGGACUGAACGGUUGCACGGUACAUAUAUCAUCUAAGCAAAGGACACUGUCAUUUUAUUGUCUCUAGCGUCUACAAAAAAAAGUAAGCAUAUAUAAACAAUAGAAGGAGAAAAAACUCAUAAUCUCUCAAAAUAAAGCUAACCGGGGUGUUGUGGGAUCUUGUUGCAGUCACAAUGAAAGAAGGAUUUGAAAACAUCAGCAUACACAGUAACACAAAAAAAUUCAAAGGUAUAAUGAAUAAGGAUGAUCUGUGCUAUCUUCUAUAAUGUAUCCAAGAUAAGCAUAUCCAAUUGUCAACAUUUUGAUAUUGAUGCGUGAUCCAAAGGCAAUCUGAGAUAUCAUCGUUGAGAAUA